AUGUCGUCUACGACUCCAUCGGAGAAUGGGUCUAAGAACCCCAGGGCUCUUCAUCCGACUAGGUCUUUUACCAGGAUGGAGACGCCGAAUGUGAGCCCGUUUGCCCGGACCAGGGCAAAGACAAUCCAAACUCUCAAUACCCCGGAAACUUUAGAUGCGGAUAGUCUUCCAUUGUCCUCAUCUCCGGACCAUGACGAUGCGUACGAAGGACCGGAUAUCUUCGAGAAGAGGGAUUCGACCGACUCCGACAUAGGAAGCGCUGCAGGGCAAAGUGAAGAGCCUUUUGGGCUCCCACGAGGCCUAAAAGAUGGAUCAGACACGCUUCCAAUCGAGUUAGCGAGCUUGUCUGACAGGUUUGUUGAGUCCUUGAGCGCCAAAACUCACCCUUCUCCUCCUUCGAUUGAUAAGAUUUCGGCGAUGUUUCAAGAGUUCUAUGUUCGCGCAGAAUCCCAUAUAGCAACGCACAUUUCGACACUUGCCUCCCGCAUCAAUCGGGAUGCCUCUCCUUCCAAAUCGAACGACGGUGCGGCGGACAAGGCCGGGACAGACCAUCAGAUGCUCACGGCCUCGGAAGUGACAGAGAGAAGAAAGGCACGGAAACAACUGGCGUACAAGCGGGUUGCGCUAGAAGAGACUGUUGAACGACGCGUGUGCGAGAGCGUUUACAGUAAAAUCUGGCGCCACAAAAGUACCUUGGAUGAAGUACGAGAUGAGAAGCUGCGUUCCAAGACUGCAGCGUUAUCAUUACUCGGAAUCACCCUGAAGGAUCUUGGCAUCGAGGUCCCUACGACAGAUGAAGAGAAGCAGGAAGAAGCCAGCAAACGGCUUUCUGCGGCCCGCGAGAGCCUGAUGAAAAUGAAUGAUGAAAGAUACCCCCUCGGCAAACUUCAACAUUUGAUCUCUGCGCACAAAGCAAUUGUGGACACUCUGACGAUUCUUCUUCCAUCCUCAUCCUCUGCUGAUGAGAUCCUACCUACGCUGAUUUAUUGUCUCAUCACGUCUCCGCCGGAAGGAAUUAACGUCAUCAGUAACCUGCUCUUCAUCCAGCGAUUUAGAUCCGCAAGUAAGAUGAAUGGCGAAGCCGCAUACUGCUUGACAAAUCUCGAGGCCGCGAUCAGCUUCUUGGAGGAUGUAGAUCUAUCCAGCUUAAAUGCAGAAAAUACGCCCGAUGGCCAGCCAAGACUCUUGAACGCCAUGACAACCCCGAAUGCAGAAAAGCUCGAUCCUCUUCGAUCCGCCAAAGAGACCUCGCAGCCAGCGGUAACAUCAGCCUCUGCAACCCCUGAGUUCUCGAAGCCCGCGAAGGAAGCAGCCUCUGCCAGUUUACCCAGGGCGCAGCUUUCUGUGCCGUCUGCUCAACAACGACGCCUGAGCAACCUGUUCCAACCCCCCGCCAAGGUCCUGGGCGCUGCUAAUGAUGCGGUGCGAAAUACCGCGGACCAGAGCCUGAAAAAUAUCAGUAACACCUUAGACAACAGUUUCAAUUUCCUUUUUGGCCGGCUCAAGGAGAUGCAGUCGAAUCAACGAGGUGGACCGGACGGUUCACGGCCAGUGGUCCCUAAGACUCUAGAUGAGGCUCGACGCCUUGUCACCAGCCCGAAUAUCCUCAACGACAAAAGCACUGCAAACGAAGAUAUGUCGAUAAAAGAUGAUAGAUUACGGCCCGAAGAUAGACGCAGAGGCCGCGUCGAUGGCCGACAGAGCCCUCGAGACAGGAGCGUUGACAGCACCAAGAGCAACGAUAGCACGCGGAGACCUCUUGCACCACGCUCAAAUUCGCAAAAGGAUCAAGCGACCCCAAGUCCAAGCACUGGUGGCUCCAUCUUCACCCCCAGCUCUGGCUCCACACCACUGGAGUCGAUGAAGAACUUCAGCAACACGUUCAACCCACUGAACCACAUCCCCGGGAUGAUUCGCGGGUUUGGUCGCAGCGCGCCUGAGACGCCAGCAACGACCAAUAUCCCAGAACGACUCAGACCUUUGGCUUCUUCCACUUCCACUUCCGAUCACCCACCAUCAACAGAGUUGGCGGGGUUGUCCAAGAUCGACCCCCCGAUUAAGCGUUUCCUGGAAGUUCAGGACGCGCAGGACCUCAAACUGGGCGAAGUGGCCGAGCUACUGGAUGACUAUAAAAGACUUGCCACGGCAUUACUCAAUCUUGGCGUGUUGAAUGGGCGAGCUGAUCAGUGA